AUUUCGGUUUGUAAACCUAUUUCUUUCUCCAAAAUCAAGCUUUUGAGAAGGAUGGUGGAGAGAGCAGAAGAGAAAUUUCACAAAACCUCUUCUCUCUCUGCUAUUCAACUUUUUUUCUCUUUUCAAGUUUUUUUUAUAUGACAUGUUUCUUGUGGAACACGGCAAUUCUUUUUCUGUGUGAAAUUAUGGCGACAGAUACGUUCAUCAAGCUGAAUCCAAUCUUCAUUAAUCCCAACCGCUUCAACCUCCGAGAAUGUUCCAACCUAAGCCCUAAAAGCAUCUCUUCUCUGAGCUGCAUUAGCCCAAGACUGAUAUCUUGCAGCCAUGUCAACCCUAGAACAUUGAUCUACGGCGAGAAUGAUAACAUAUUGUUUCCCAAGAAAAAGAUUCCUUCCAUGAUCCGUUGUCAGACGAGUCUUGGGAUUGGAAGGAACCAAAAAUGGUGGGAGAAGGAACUGAAACCUAACAUGAAGUCGGUAACAUCACCUCAAGAUCUUGUCGACUCUCUACUUAAUGCUGGAGAUAAACUUGUUGUCGUUGAUUUCUUCUCUCCUGGGUGUGGUGGAUGCAAAGCUCUUCAUCCCAAAAUAUGUAAAAUAGCAGAGAAGAAUCCAGAGGUGGAGUUUCUACAAGUGAACUACGAAGAACAAAGAAGUCUAUGUCAAAGUCUUCACGUUCAUGUUCUUCCCUUCUUCAGGUUCUACCGCGGUUCCUCAGGCCGCGUUUGCAGCUUCAGUUGUACUAAUGCCACGAUAAAUAAGUUCAAGGAGGCGUUGGAGAAACAUGGGAGGGAACAAUGUAGCAUAGGAAAGACAAAGGGACUUGAAGAGAAAGAACUAGUCGCCAUGGCCACAAAUAAAGACCUGUCUUUCGAUUAUAAACCCAAAAAUAAUGAAGUAAACCGUGAGAUAAAAGAAAAUGACACAAUUAUCCAAAGAUCUCCGACCUCAAAAGAACAAGAUGAAAAACGUUCUCUAGUAAUUAGCCCAGCAGGAAUUGUCUAGCGUCUGUUUUAUUUGGGUACAGUUGCUGUUUUAUUUGUCUGGGAGUUUCAAUCUUAGAGUAUUCGUCCAGUUGGAGGCAUAAUAUUGUGGCUAUAUGUAGAUUAGUGGUUCUCCGUGCUUCACACGGAUUUGUUUUUUUUUUCAUAUAUAUUUUC